GAAUCAGUUUUGGUUUGAAACUCUAAUAUCUUAUUACAGGAACACCUGCAUAUGACAAACUGUUGCACAUUCUAACCAACAAGAGGGUGGUCAAUGACAUAAGGAGGCUCUCACCACUUGUUCAGACCAGUUCUCUUGAGGGCUUCCAAUCUCUCUUAAACCACUGGCAUCCAAAAAUGUUGCAUUUUUCAUUCAUUGGUACAAAAUGCAGGGUUAUUCUUGCUUGCCUGCAUUUCAAUGAAAAUGUUCAGAGACAAAAGAAAACAACAAAAGAUGGCAGAAAAUACUUCAAUGUGACAUAUCCAAAGUUUAGCCUUUGCGGUGAGGUUGUACGUGAGGUAGCUGUUAAUCCAACAUACGUAUGCUACAAACAUCAAAUCACUAAUAGUCAGUUUACCAUUGGACACGCUUUCAAAGACAAUGGCAAAAUCUGGAAGACAAAGCAAAUGGCAGUGACACAUCUGUAUCCUGAAGCUGAAGAGCAGCUAUUGGCAAAUCAGGUGGUGGCUUCUGUUCAAACACCACAACAACCUCAACGUUGCUGUGGACUCUGUGGCAAGCCCCGGCGAGGACACCCACGCAGUGGAUGUAUGACAGAAGCAGAAGAUUAAAUAGCUAGUGUCUGAACAAGGAAUCUAAAAUGUAGUUCUCUUUUCCUAUCCUUUCAUUUCCAAAUGACCACAGCAUUAUAUCCAUUGAAAAAUUGUUAUGUUCACAGUUUUAUUUACUCUUAUUUGGAAUCAAUCUUUAUAUAUAUACAUAUAAGCUAUUUGAAUUUUGAGACAAGUCAAUCCUGUUCUGGUUCUCUUUGUCUGGCAGUCUGAAAACCAUGCAGUACUCCAGUUUUGAAUUUGUCCCUUAUAAGGUGAUAAACACAAGAAGGAAGAGGUCUUGCAUUAUCAUGGCCCAAAUAGCCAAACA